CGUACAGCCUCCGUCUUUCUCAUUUUCGCUUCCCCUUUAUCUGGAAAAAAUCCGUCCAAAGCACCAACCCCAAACCUCAAUUUCCCCCCAUUCUUGCCUAAUCUUUCAUGGAUUUUUAUCAAUUUUUCUCAUUCUCUUGAAAAUCAAUCUCCUUUUUCUAACUCUCUAUCUCCUUUCUCAUCUUCUCUGCUUAUGACUACCAUCAGGUGAUAACCUUUUUCUCCCCUUUUCCAUAUACUAAUAUUAGAAACCCAAAACGUAAUCUAGGUUCAAGAUUUGAUUUCGAGUUCGUGAAUCAUGAUCCUUUCUUCUUCGAUUACACUCCUAAAUUCUGGCUUCGACACUGUUACAAGGAUAGGUUCCAUAUCUUCAUUCAAGCUAAAACAGAUUUAAAUUUGAAGAAAUCUCACCUUCAGUAAUUCUCAACAAUGGACCAUAAGACUACUGAAUUGGAUCAAGGAUGGGAUUACCUGCAGAAGGGGAUCACAAAAUUGAAGAAGAUUUUGGAGGAGCAGCCAGUGCAACCAUUUAGCGGAGAAGAAUAUAUGAUGCUUUACACAACAAUCUACAACAUGUGUACACAGAAGCCUCCUCAUGAUUAUUCCCAACAGCUAUAUGACAAGUACCGGGAAGCUUUUGAGGGGUAUAUUACUUCAACGGUGUUGCCAUCUUUAAUAGAGAAGCAUGAUGAGUUCAUGCUAAGGGAGCUUGUUAAAAGAUGGUUGAAUCAUAAAGUCAUGGUCCGGUGGCUGUCGCGAUUCUUCCAUUAUCUUGAUAGGUACUUCAUUGCACAGAGAACACUUCCUGCACUUAAUGAAGUUGGAUUAACAUGCUUCCGUGAGCAGGUAUACAAUGUAAUAAAAGAUAAAGUCAGAGAUGCUGUAAUUAUUCUGAUUCCUCUCCCGCCAGUUGAUGAAAGGAAGAAAGUUGUUGAGGAUGUCGACAAAGACCGACGUUAUGCCAUUGAUGCUGCACUUGUGCGCAUAAUGAAGAGUAGGAAAGUUUUGGGUCACCAACAAUUAGUUUCAGAGUGUGUUGAGCAGCUGAGCUGCAUGUUCAAGCCUGACAUCAAAGCCAUAAAGAAGCGAAUGGAAGAUCUCAUCACUCGAGACUAUCUUGAAAGAGAUAAGGAAAUUCCGAACUUGUUUAGGCUACAACUUCUUCUGGUGCCCCAGAGCAGGAAAAUAAUUGAAUUGCAUGAUAAGUACAUGGCCUACGUGACUGACUGUUUUUCAAGCAACACAAUAUUCCACAAGGCUUUGAAGGAGGCUUUGGAGGUCUUUUGCAACAAAACUGUUGCUGGCGUUUCCAGUGCUGAAUUUCUGGCAACUUUCUGCGAUAAUAUCCUCAAGAAAGGCGGAAGUGAGAAAUUGGGUGAUGAAGCUAUUGAAGAAACACUUGAAAAGGUAGCUAAAUGAAUUUUUUUGUUAUCAAACUAAUGGUGAUUUUUUUUUACUUUGAUCUGACAAGCUUUCCUUAUUUCUAAAAGUGGUUAAACUUCUUGCGCAUAUUAGUGAUAAAGAUCUUUUUGCUGAGUUCUACAGGUAAGACCUCUUUGCUAUUCCUUUUUUCAUGUUUCAGUUAUUAUAUAGGAUGGAUUUUUCAAUUUCAUUUGAUGGAAUCCUUGAAUUUUAAUAACAUUUGGUACUCAAU